AAACCUUCUCCACAAUGACCCCUACUUUAGUUGUCCCUAUAACCGUUAAUCCUGAUCUGCAGAAGGAACGGGAUGGAGCGAGCCUCAGCACUGAGGAAUUUGCCGCUUGGUGGGCGGGCGGAAAGGAGAUUCUAAAAUUUAACCGGGAAGUCCGUUCCUAUUUAGAAAAGGAUGUGGACCUGAAUGAAGUGAUGAAAUUGGAGGCCAAAUCCCACGAGGAAAUCAACGAGUUCACCAUGCGAGCUGCCCUCGAAGCCGCCCAGAAGCUGCGUUGCCUGCAACAGGAGCGGAAUCCCGGCGGAAAUGAGUACUGGCCAAACCUUUAUGAACAGCCAGUCAUGUGGUGCCUUGUGCCAGGAGGAAAUCCCUUCAGCGUGAUGUACGUGAUGCUGGUCAAAGCUUUGCAGGCACAUUGCACUCCAGAGCAGUACGAGGAUUUCGGGAAACGGGUGGAACGCUUCGAGAUUUCUGCCACCUAUGCCCAAACAGAACUGGGACACGGAACUUAUUUGCGAGGACUCGAAACACGGGCUGAUUACGAUCCGAAAACAGAUGAGUUUGUGCUAAAUACGCCCAAGAUAUCCUCCUACAAGUGGUGGGCAGCAGGCUUGGGCCAAUGCUGCAACUACUGCUUGGUGAUGGCGCAGCUGUAUAUCAAUGGUCAGUUCAAGGGCCCACACAUGUUCUUCGUCCAGGUGCGCGAUGAGGAGACGUUUGAGCCCCUUCCAGGUGUCCACAUCGGUGACAUUGGCAAAAAGAUGGGCUAUAUUGGAACGAACCAUGGUUUCCUGGGCCUGAAGAAUGUGAGGAUUCCACGCACGCGCAUGCUGAUGCGCUAUGCCAAGGUUAAUGCCGAUGGAUCCUUUGUCAGCAGUCCGAAUAGUGUGCUCAACUACUUUGCCAUGGUUCGCUCCCGGUGUUUGAUUGUCCGGAAUAAUGCCGCAUAUCUGGCGGCGGCUGCCACCAUUGCCACUAGAUACUCUGCCGUUCGUCGCCAAAGUCCCAUAAAUCCCAAAGAACGAGAGCCACAGAUCAUGGAUCAUGUCACCCAGCAGAUGAAACUCUUUCCGGAGAUCGCCACCAGCUUAGCUUAUGCCAUGAGUAGCGAUUAUCUAUGGAAUCUCUAUGAACAGACCAUUAAGGACAUUGAAAAUGGAAAAUAUGAACGCCUGCCUGAGCUGCAUUCCCUGUCCUGUGCUUUGAAGGUAACCAGCGCCGUCGAUUCAGCCGCCGGAGUGGAGAGAUUGCGUCUGGGCUGUGGCGGCCACGGUUACCUCUCCUCUUCCAACAUGAGCAACUUUUAUGCGCUGGCCACCGCAGCCUGCACUUACGAGGGUGAGAACACUGUGCUCCUUCUCCAGAUUGGACGCUUCUUGAUGAAGUCCUGGCGCUCGGCGUUGAGUGGAGCUCCUUUGGCGCCCACCGUUCAAUACCUGGCCGAAGUGCAGAAGAAUCCAGAUUUUGGCACCUGGACAGGCAGCUGGGAGAACAUGGUGAAGGCAAUGAAGUACACAGCAGCCAACAAGACUCGCUUGGCUUUCAAGAGCCUUUUGGCUCGCUUGUCAAGAGGAGAAACCGAGGAGAAUGCGGCAAAUCACACAGGGAUUGAAUUUACCCAGGCAGCUGAGCUUCAUGGUCGCGCGUUCGUUUUCUCCUCUUUCACUGAUGAGGUGACUGGACCCAAGUCCCAGACCCGAUCUGCAUCUCUUAAUUGUGUUCUGGAGAACCUUUUGGAGUUGUAUCUGGUCAAGGAGACCUUGAACCAAAUGAGCAAUUUGCUGAGGUUUAUUCAACUGACGGAUACGGAUCUACGCAGGCUGCAGGAUCGUUUGGAAACCGUGUUGACCAAGCUGCGACCUGAUGCUGUGGCUAUUGUGGAUGGCUUUGACUUCAGUGACCUGCAGCUGAACUCUACCCUGGGAUCGUUCGAUGGCAAUGUCUACGAGCGCAUGUUCGAUGCUGCCCUCAACACCCCAAUGAACCAGAAAUCAGUACCGAAGUCCUUCAAUGAGAUGCUCAAGCCCUUCAUGAAGUCAAAUAUUUAG